AUGUCAAGUUUCACUCAGCCCAGAAAAAAUACGAAAGUAUCUUUUGGCAAUACAGCCAUGGAGAACGAGGCCAACUCAUGUCCUUCAGGAUGUGCGGGAAUUAUAUGGCAAGCUCCUGCACGCCUGCUUGGCCCUUAUCAUGGGGCGUGUAUUCUUGACAGGUUUGGAACGCAUGAUGUUAAGUGUGUGUCACAAGAAGCCACUGUUGCCCCAUCGGCCAGACAAAGGGAUCAAGCAAGAUUUAGAAUGGUGGUCCCUCAUGCUGCAAACCGGGCAAAUUUCACACCCUAUUUUCCCCAUCCAGAGGCAUCUACGGCCCAGAACAAUUACUACUCCCUUAUGUACCCAUCCCGCAGCAUAUCCAGUGCUACAUUGUUGAUGCCUGUGAACCACUUUCCACAGCCGAGUGUAGAGCACUCAGUGACGGUAGCUACACUCCUGCUGCAGCAAAAGUCAUCAAUCGAGCAAAGUUACAACAGGAAGCCAGAGACCGAUUGGACUCCAACCGUCAAAGAGACCACAACUAUGUUGUUUCCGCCACAAAUUUCAGCAGGCAGGACUAACCCGCAUUUUGACACUCCACUGGGUUUGCAGAGCAAAGAGAACAAAGCCUUUCCGCAAACAUACAGGCCAGAGCUUACCCCACUUAAUUCCAUCUUGCAACCACAUUGCUUAGCCAGAGACAGGCUAAGAAUGUGGAUUCCCGCGGGUUGUCCCCCUCAUACAAACAUUGUAUUUAUCUCCCCCAAUCAUGCCAUUCCAUCCGAACACCAAUUAGACAGGAUCCUUGAAGUAAUUGGAGCGUCAUGGGCUCUGUAA